AUUGGACUUCGCUCAUAGUUCAUUCAAGAAGUGCAUAAAAUAUAUUCUAAAUUUCGUUAGGAAAAGACCCAAAAAAAUAUGUUAUAUUCAGGUUACGAGCAGCUGUUAGUUGAGAAACAGCAAAAGGUGCUUAUUAUAAAGUUUAAUAAUGCCAGAAAGAAGAAUUGUUUAAAUCAACCAGCUUACAAAGAAAUAACUCGAGCUUUAGAGUCAGUCAACGAGGAUGCAGAAGUAACAGUGGUUGUGUUUAUCGGCGAAGGUGAAUAUUUCAGCGCUGGUAAUGAUUUGUCCCAACGUGAUAAUGUAACUGACAUUGAUGCCUACCUCAUCGAGGCCAACAGAGUACUCAAGGCUUUGAUAUAUAGUUUUAUUAACUGCCAAAAGCUUAUAAUUGCAUUGGUUAAUGGACCGGCUAUCGGCAUUGGUUGCACUUUGGUCGCACUCAGCGAUGUUGCCUGGUGCUCGGAGCAGGCUUAUUUCCUAACGCCCUUCAGCUCCUUGGGUUUGGUACCUGAGGCUUGUUCCAGCUACUUGUUUCCAAUCAUUUUGGGCAAGUCAAAGGCCAACGAAAUGCUUGUACUAAAUGAAAAACUUACUGCUCAGGAGGCUUAUCAGUUCAGUUUUGUAUCGCGCAUCUUUAAGUCAAGCGAACUCCAUUCUGUUGUCUGGGCUAAGAUACAUCAGUAUUCUGAGCUGCCACCAAAUUCACUGAAGGAGUGCAAACGCCUUAUCCAAUUGCCUCUAAAAGAGCAACUUAAUCGUGCCUGCGAGGUGGAGUGCGAAACGCUGCUGAAGCGAUUUUACGAUGAGGAAUUCAUGCAAGCGAUUGUUAACUUUGCAAUGCGCAAAUCAAAGUUAUAACCUUAUCAUAAUUUGUUGUUUGUCAAUUUUAAAAUAAAUGUAUAUUCUUUUAGUCCAUGAUG